AUGUCUGACGCCAUCAUUGGUAUGGCGAUGCCUGGUUUCAUACGACCUCAUCGGAGCCCUCUGCUGAGCGUCUUGCUUGCUCCGUAUGAGCUUCCUAUUCUUUUGCCUGAAACCUCAGAUGAUGACGAGGAGGACGGAUUCUCCUCCGAAGACAUGACCCCUGUCACCUCUUUUGACUUUGAUGAGCCUGAUUGUCAAGUCGAUAUCGAUGAGACCACGCCGGAGUUCGUCAAUGCCCAACCUUCUUGCCUUCGGGGUCGCACCUCGCCAGCUGAACGCGUGAUAUGGUAUCUUAUUUUCGUUGUUUCUCACCACCCUUUGAUCCUGUUUGACGCGUCUUAUGGCUACAAGGCCAAGCAACUCAAGCAUCCGGGAGUGCGUUCGAACACGACCGGAUUUUUGUGGUACAUGCUUCACCGAAAGCACCACUUCGGUCUCGUUGGCUCCAAGGAGAAGGUUGCCUACAUCGCUGAGGCCGUUCUUGGCGUAUUCCAGAUGGAGAAGGAUGAGGAGAUGAAGAAAGAGCAGGCUGAUCGCAAGAAGACCAGCUCGACUGUUUCUGUCAACAUCAGUCACCUUGCCGGUGUGCCAGCUACUCCUCGAGCGCCUUCCGGGAUAGCCUCUCAGGCCGGUAUUCCGGCCGCAACACCUACGGUCAAACCUGUCAACGGCAUGGCUCUGCAGACUAGCUCUAAGCUUGGCAGUGAUACUGUUGCGGAACUGAACGAUCUGGUCGCUCAGCUGCGCGAUAUGUCUCUCAAUCGCUCCAUGUCAGAGAUCCUGCAGGAUUUGCAUGUCUCGCUCGAUGGCAUCAGUGACCCCGUCGCUCCCGUUUCCCCGCCUGUUUCCCCUUCCUCAGUAAAGCGCUCAUUCGAAGAGUAUUCCUCUGGAGAUGAGGGAGACGACGAAGACUAUACCAAUCGGCUUCGUGCUAAGCGUGCUAAGCGUGCGCGCGUGAACGUCUCGUACGACUCUUCGGACGAUGAAGGCGACGUUUUCGAGAUGAAGACAGGUCGUGCUGUCCGGGAUCGCCGAGUAGUCAGCCCUGCACGCGUUCGUCGUGCCAAGGCUCUCCGCUCGCUUUGAACAACGCUUGACGCUGCCUCGGCCCUGGUGGUCGGGGCGGCGUUAGACUAUUUAUUGGGCCGCUUAUCUUGCUUCACGCCAAAGGUCAUCAAUGAUGGCUUUGUUAGCUCGUAACUCCC